AUGGCUGAACCAACCUCAUCAACAUCUUCUGUGGUUGAAACAACCACUUCAACAUUUUCUGUGGAGAGACUGUGUUCUGAGGAACUCAAGAAGACUGACGUGACUGGAAAGAAGAAAGCAAGGUGUUGCUACCACCGCCAUCGCUGCCACCGCAGGUAUAAAGCCAGUUUUGUCAUCUAUUAUCAUCGGUUGCUGAAGAAGAUUCACCAUGAGCUGAGACUUUCCCAGAAAAUGAUAUAUAUAUUGGAUUCAUUUGUGAAUGACAUCUUCAAGUGCAUUGCCAGUGAAGCAGGCUGCCUGGCCCACAAGACUAAUCGGUCAUCCAUUUCUUCCAGAGAUAUCCAGGCAGCCGUCUGCCUCCUACUGCCUGGGAACCUUGGCAAGCUUACUGUGAUCCAGGCCACCAAAGCCCUGUUCAGAUUCUCCCAAUCUGAGUGA